AUGACCGACGCUUACCGCCAGCCCGAGCCCAAGACCUUCCCUGACGCUCUUCAGCAGAAGGUCGACACGCUCGUCGAGGACUUCCGCAAGGCCGACGCCGAGCUGAUCAAGCACGAGCUCAAGCUGCAAGCCCCGCUCUACAAGAAGCGCGCCGAGAUCGUGUCUUCCGUCAAGGACUUCUGGUUCCAGGCUCUGAUCAACUGCAUGGCGACCAACGUGUACAUUGACGAUGCCGACCACGAGGCGCUCUCGUACCUCUCCAACGUGGACGUCGAGCGCGACCUCAACGACCCUCGUGCUGCCACCAUCACCUUCUCGUUCCGCGAGAACCCGUUCUUCUCGAACGACAAGCUCGUCAAGAAGUUCAGCCUGGUCGACGGCGCCGACUCGCUGGAGGACGAGUUCAACUUCCUCGAGCAGACCACGCCCGAGAAGACGCAGAUCGACUGGAAGUCGGACGACAAGAACCUGUGCAAGCUCAAGCCCACCGUCGGCGGCCCCGACUCGGACGACUUUGAGCCCGGCUCGUUCUUCUCCACCUUCUUCGAGAACACCGACCAGGAGAUCGCCGGCGGCAUCGGCCACGCCAUCAUCAUGGACUUCUGGCCCGGCGCCAUCGACUUCUACACCGGCGCCGACGACCUCGACUUUGACGAGGACGACUUCGACUCCGAGGACGACGAGGAGGACGAGGACGACGCAGAGAUCGACCUCGAGGACGACGACCAGCCCCCCAAGAAGAAGUCCAAGGCUGACGCAUAA